UACUAAUGCCUCGCCCUAUUUAAAGAAAAAAGCUCGCAGAUCGAUGGCUGUAUACAACAAAAUUUAGUUAUAAUACUUUUACCAGCGUGAACAAUCGGAUUUCAUUUAGGAUAUAAAAACAUUUUAAAAAUCCAUCUUCGGCAUUUAUAGUGAUCUAAUAUUGUGGUCGCAAUAUGGGUUUUGAAACAUCGUAUGACUCUGGCCAAAAGCCCUUUUCUCCCGAUCCAAAUCGAGGGAAGUGGGAUAAACCAAAGGACUUCUUAUUUGCCUGCUUUGGACUAGCUCUGAAGAUGGAUGCCUUUGAUUAUACGUAUUGGGUGCACAACGAUAUGGGCAUUCUUGGAAUAUUGCCGUAUUUCGUGAAUAUGGUGCUUUAUAUGGUUCCAGUCAUAGUCAUUCACUCCUUCAUGGGCCAGUUCUCCAGCAGUGGAUUUAUAUCCGCCUUUCGCCUGUCUCCUUUUUUUAAAGGCAUGGGAUAUGUCAGCGGUUUUCUUUCUGUCUCAAUGCUCAUUUACUAUAGCAUUUAUGCUGCUAUUCCGCUAUUUUUCAUAUUAAACUCUUUUCAACCCACUUUACCUUGGAGUUGUGAAGGCUCAAAAUCUUGGCUCAAUGAGACCGCUUGGCCAUCGACAUGCAAUGAGAGGCAUUCUGAAUUCAAAAACAACACAAAAUACAGGAGGCUUUAUGUUCCUUCCGCGCUUUACUUUCACAAUGUCUUUCAACAGAACGAAAUGGUAAAUAUCGAUCAUUACUAUGAGCUAUCGUGGCAUUUUGUGGGCCUCUUCGCUCUAGUUUGGGCAAUGAUUGCACUUAUUUUUCAUGCAUUUUCGAAGACGGCGAAGUUUGGAAACUUUAUACGGUACAUGGUUAUAGGGACACUGGUCCUUCUUUUAGUGUGCUUUGUGCGCAUUCUUUUUCUCCCAGGAGCUCUUAAGGCGCCAAGAAAAUAUAUGACUCCUAAGCCCGAUGAUUGGGUCUUGGGGACUGGCUCAACAUUUCUCAUCGCUAUGCAGGCGUUUGGAGCUGGCUGGGGCAGUGUGAUAGCCCUGUCCAGUUUUAAUGGGUUCAAGACCAACAUAAUGUCGUACAGUUGGAUUAUUUCCUUUGGACAAAUCUUUAUUUACAUUAUGUUUGGCAUGCUAUCCUUAAUGCUUGAAAUCUACUUCUCAGAGCUUCCUGAAUCUUCAGAUAAAACCUUAGUAAUGAGCUUUUGGGUUUUGAAUGUGUCUUGUGCCAGUGCUUUGUCCACAAUGGGUUGGCCAAACAUGUGGACUUUCAUUUACUAUACUAUGUUAUUAAUGGCGGCUGUUAUUACCAUUACGACGCAAAUAUUUACUGUCCUUCAAAGUUUAUUUGAUGAGUUUGAGGGACUUAGAGUGCGGAAACAGAAAGUAACCUUUGGACUUAUCGGUGGCCUUGCAAUAUGUUCAAUUUUCUUUUGCACAAACCAUGGUUUGUUUAGCUUUCUUUCAAUCACUGUUGAUGCCAUUUUUACGCACAGUGUGCUUCACUUACUGCUUUUACUGGUGGUCUUGUGGAUCUACGGCCGAGAGCGUUUCCAGCGGGAUAUUGAGUUUAUGUUGGGUCUUCAGUUUCCCUCCUGGAGGAUUUAUAUACUCCGUUUUAUAGCUCCAAUUAUUUUAUUGAUUUGUCUGCUGAUUGGAAUUAGUUGGUCUAAAUUGGUCCACGAUUAUGUCUCAGUAUUUCUUUUGAUGUUCAUUAUUGUGGUAUGGUUACCCCUUUUGGCAAUACCUGUCUACGGACUUUACUACCUUUCCCAGAGCACUGGAUCGGUUUGGGAUCGCUUAAGAAGCUCCUGUCGACCCACUGAUUGGUAUCCGGUUGAUAUGGAAUAUCGCCAGAAGUACGAGCAAGCUGUAGGAACCACUGAAACCCACCAACUUUUCGGGGUUACCGAGGAAGUAAACUAAGUGGUGAUCCAAUUAUAAAUAGAAAUGCGAAUUUAGGCGCCAAUUAAGCCCAUAAAAAACUUUAUAUUGGGUUUGGAAUAAUCGAUUAAACUAAAAUAAAAGUAUUCGCACAUUACCAUUAACAAAU